AGUUGCUGUUUGGAAGAUUUACAAAAUGGCGUCAGUGUCUUCUCAGGAGGAGGACUCCUUCACUUGUCCAGUCUGUCUGGACUUGUUGAGGGAUCCAGUGACUAUUCCUUGUGGACAUAAUUUCUGUAUGAGGUGCAUUAAGAGCUGCUGGGAUCAGGAGGAUAGUAAAGGAGAAUACAACUGCCCCCUGUGCAAAGACACCUUCAACUCUAGGCCUGUCCUCCGCAAAAACCGUCUGAUGGCUGAAAUGGUGGAGAAGUUUGGGAAGACCAGCAUCCAAGCUACUGCUCCUGCUCGCUGUUAUGCUGGACCUGAAGAUGUGGCAUGUGAUGUCUGCACUGAGAGAAAACUCAAAGCUGUCAAGUCCUGUCUGGAGUGUUUGGUAUCCUACUGUGACACUCAUUUGAAAACUCACAAUGAACUUAAUCCAGGUAGACGACACACCAUGGUCAACGCCACAGGCCAGCUACAGGAGAGGAUCUGCCCUCGUCAUGAGAAGAUUUUUGAAAUAUUCUGUCGCACUGACCAGAGUUGCAUCUGCUAUCUGUGUAUGGUGGACGAUCAUAAAGGCCACGACACGAUCACAGCUACGGCAGAGUGGAGUCAUAAAAAGGAGGGGUUGGGGCAGAGCCAGAGGAGAUGCCAGCAGCUAUUCCAGGUGAAAGAGAAGGAGCUGCAGGAGCUGAGGAAGGCUGUGGAGACUCUCAAGUCUGGUGCACAGACAGCAGUGGAGGAGAGUGAGAGGAUGUUUACUGAGAUGAUCUGCUCCGUUGAGAGAAGGCGCUCUGAGGUGACAAAGCUGAUCAGAGCUCAGGAGAAGGCUGAGGUGAGUAGAGCUGAAGGACUCCUGAAGCGACUGGAGCAGGAGAUUGCUGAGCUGAAGAGGACAGAUGCUGAGAUGAAGCAGCUUUCACAGACACAGGACCCCAUUUACUUUCUCAAGAACAUGGUGUCCAUCGCUGGUGAUCCAUGCACUGCUGUGACCAAAAGGACCUUCAGCCAAAGCCACUUCUUUGAGCCCCUGAAGAAAUCUGUGUCUGCACUGAAGAUGCAGGUGGAGGAGAAACUAGAUUCAAUCUUCAAGCAGGAACUAGUCAAGAUAUCAGCAGCAG